UAGGACUAGAAGAAGAAGAAGAAGACGAGGCAGUGGCAGUGGCAGUGUGGCGCGGCAGCCCUUAUCAAUCUCAACAAAGAAGAAGCAACGGCAGUGGAGAGGUAAACGAUGGAAGGGCCUCAUCAUCAGGCCGGUACUGCUGCUGGGGAGCAACCGCCGCCGUCAUCACCAUUGGCGGCGCCGGUGGCAUUUUCAGAAGAGAACCUACCGGAUGCGGAAGCACCUCAUGAUCAGGAGGUGGUGGGUGUGGAAGGAGAUGGUCAGUCGGCGGCUUAGACUGGGAACUGCAUUGAUGAGUGCGUUUUAACUAAUGCUCUCUAAUAGUAAUUAGCCAGUUGGUUCUAAUCUAAUUUCUUCUGAGUGUCGGAAUCAGCCAGCUAGCUAGCUAGGGUUUUUGUUUCAUGAUCGAUUAGCUGAAUCCGGCUGAAUCAUCGCCGGCAUUAGAGCUACUAGCUACUAGAUAGGGCUCGUUAUAGUUUGCAUUGUGUAUUUUUGGCUUUGCUGGCUCUUCCGUGGAAUUUUGGGGUUGGUUUGGUUUAUCGCCUUGAUUUUCUCGUAAAGAUUCUGAUGCAAAAUGCUGGGAAUUUUGCACUGCAGUUUUCAUUCUGACGUUGAUGAUCCUCAAGCUUUUGAGAUGAUGAGAAGAGAUACCACCAAGAUUGCGACAGAAGCUCUGGAAUUCUACAACAACAAGGAGGGUACCAACUUCGUGCUUCGGAAGCCCUUGCUCAGUCGGUGUAAUCUGUUUCCAGGCACGCUUGUCAUCCACGCCAACUUCACAACCAAGAAUAUCGUCCACCCCGCUGUAUUGGAAAACAACUCUCCCAGUCAGCUGUUUUUCUCUGAGACACUAAAAGUCUACCGGCAGCCAACUCGCAUUCUUAACUGUCUCAUCAUAGAUAAGUGUAGUAGUGAUAUACGCACAGGUUGUGCGCAUUGUCCGAGCCACAUGUGUGACAGAAUUUUCUACCAUCCUCCAUUGGGAAAUUCCGACUAUGGUGAGGAUGAGGAGAAGGAUCAUGCAAGGUUUGAUUAUGACGAAUCAACGACUAGCUCUGAAUCAGAUGAUGAUGAAUGACCUGAGAAGAAGAGCAGCACACAGCUGGAUCCCCUUUGCUUGCAGACAGGCAACAACUUGUAGUGGUAGUAGUAACUUGUAGUGGAAGGGAACCGGAUGAGGAACAACAAUGUGGACCAUUAAUCAUACUUACCUUGAAGUAUAUGCUCCUUGCUCCAUGUUCGUUUCAUGUAUGUGAUUUGGAGAAUGUACGUGCCGUUACCCAAUUAACAACGAAUUUAGAC